AUGAGGAAGUUGCCAUUUCUUCAGACGAGGAGAGCUCCCCGUCGCCAUUCUCAUUACUACCCCGUGGGUGGUGCCCUCAAAUGGCCACUAUCAUCCCGCUUUCAUCAGAAGCCUAUGAUUACCACCCCUGUCCAUAAUGGGAGAGUUUUGUUCGUCUUGGCUUGUUGUUCCUUAUACGAGGUUGAAAAGCAACAUUCUUUGAUUUCUCUGCUACGAGUUUCAAGACUUUCCCUGCUGCUGGCUGAAGAGGAUCUCCCCGCUUGUAGAACUGUCGUAACUCUGUUAGCAUUCGCCGGAGAUCGUGCUUCUGUUGAAGAAAUUAUGAACGAGGGCCUGUUGCUGUCGGGAACCCACCCUCGACAAAGAAGAGCUGAAGAAGAUGGAGCACUCCGGACUAUCUAUACGAGGAGAGCCAUGAGCAGUGCACUUGACUGGGUCAUUGAGCUCAACACCUACCGGAACGCAGAGAAGUUACUCUCUGCAGCGGAAGAACUCGCUCAGACAGGAGAGUGCAACCCGGAGGAGAUCUACGGGGUCGCCAAAGAGCUCGAGAACCACGUGACAUCGUUCGCGGCCAGAGUCGAGCAGCGGAGGCGGCGUCUCGAUUUAGCCGUACUAUUCUACACCCACGAGAAGGAGGUGAGGCUGAUAAAGGAUGGAUUGUGGAUUAUGCUGAUUAAGGAUGGGAAUCAAUACCGACCCCUAAACGAGGUGAAGAGGAGGAGGCGAUUAGCUUAG